AUGGAACGGAAUGGACGGAUGGUCGGUCUGGUCAGUGUGGUACUGGUCGGCUUCCUUCUGCUAGCCGUUGCUCAGUCAACCCAGGCCAAUGUCAUUGCAGGGCGAGUACGUCGUCAAAGUCCGUGGCUUCAUCGGUCACCGAACACAUUUGCGUUGGGCAAGAAAUUCGCACGGAAUCGACCUCUGACCAGUACGACGCUUGCGCUCGACACGAACACGGACUGGGCGGAUAAUUCGGUGGAGAAAGCUCGACCGUUUCAGACGCGUCCGCUCGAACUGUCGGCGGAAGUGGACAGUAGUAAGCCAGCGCCACGAUCGAGAGCAUUCUACGGCUGCAUGUCCAACUGCCUGACCCUGUCACAGUACAAUCCGGUGUGCGGAACGGAUCACACCACCUACCACAACGAGUACAAACUGGAGUGCGCCAACCGGUGCGGAGCGAAGCCAAGAGUUGCCGUGAAAAAGGCAGGCAUUUGUUGA